UCAAAUUUUUGUACAUGAACUUGAGAGCGCCUCUGGGAAAUCCGCUUGGCUAUAAUUCAUUUUAGCUAAACUGAACUUUCAUAAAAAUGGCGGAAAACGRACAAGCUCCAAAAGUUCCGUAUCCUUGGAGAAUCGCUGAAAAUGGCUUGGGACAAGAGAAUUAUGAAACCGAAGAAGAAUCAUUCAAAGAUACCAAAGAGACAACAGAGAAACCAUGCAUUUGGCAGGUUUACAACUCACAGGUGACCGAGGUAAAGGAAUCUGAGUUUUUCAAGUUCUACAACAACCGAGCGUACAUUGUUUUAGCCAUGGAAGAAAAGGAUACAAUAAGACCGGAGGGAUUUCGCAAUCUCCAUAUUUGGGUAUCAAAGUAUUGUCAUCGACAGGACUAUGAGCUGGCUGUAGCUCGAGCUGAUCAGCUCUCAAAAAUGCUGAAAAAUCCCAAGCCAGCGGUCCAUCGUGAGAUCCAGCACUACGAGACAGAUGCGUUCCAUAACCAUCACAGGAUCUUGGAAGUAAGGAURUGGAGAGAGAAAGUGGAGGAUCCACCUAAACCACGAUUAUUGCAGUUUCACAGCGAAGACACAGUUCAUCGCCUGAACAAGAAAAGCUCUUUCAAAGGUCAAACCAGGCAAAUCCCUUCCGAUGAGUCUUCAAAGAGACUUAAGAAGCAAUGGAUGGUUGAAAGAGAGCUUCUUCGCGGGAAUCUCAUUACUGGUGAUGUCUUUGUUGUAAUGAAUCCCAGCGAUUUUGAGAUCAUCCAGUGGAAUGGUCAAAAAAGUAAUCCAGAAGAGCGAGAAAUUGCCAAGAAAUUUAUUGAAGAAGAACAGAAAAAAUACCGCACCGAGAAAAAGCUUAAACUUAAUCACGCCACGGUUGAUGAAGGAAAAUUUGACAAGAACCACAAGCUGUAUACACUUUUCCCACCAACUGCRACUAAGAGAAAAAUUAGUGUGAGCUCCGAAACGAAAGCGAAGAUUGGAAUGAAGUUUAAGAAAUUCUAUUGUCUAACAGACUCCAACGGUCGUCUGGGUAAAGCCUCGCAUGAUGACAGGAAUAUGUCCAAGUCCAACUUGCCUUCUAAACACGUCUACCUGAUAGACACAGACUAUCACGUUUUCGUGUGGAUUGGCGAAGACUGGAAAAACAUGGUCGAGAAAAAYGAUGGAGAAUUCCCACCUUUGAUGUUGUUUUACGAAGCAGCCGAAAGAUUUCUACAUGAGACUUACGGUUCCAUAAAAGAAGAGGAGGUCGARGACAUGUUUCAUCUUCCUAUGAACAAACCAAUCACUCUCGUCCAUGAAGAUGACCAGUGUUUGCCAUUAGACAAGGCUCUUUCAGGACAUUGAUAAUAGUUUCAGAGAUAAUUUAGAUGAAGAAAGCACGAAGUAGAAUUGGCAAGACACACGCACCUCGAAGAAGUUGCCUCAGGCCAUUCAAACAGCACACAAUUGAGUGAUCCAGUGCGGUUUGGAGAUAUGUUUCCAGGAGGCUUUUCAGAGAAUUCCCUAACAAUAGCACAUUGUUGUAUUGUUUAUAUUUUGAGCUGUAGACAGACGUCAAAACCUUUUUGCCGCUACAUCGCAUGCAAUCUGCAUAGCCAUCCUUAAUCAAUUAUCCUUAAUCAAUUAAGUAUCCUUAAUCAAUUGUUUUAAAUCCCUACGACAGUUGUACCCAUGUUGUAAGGAUGACUUAAGCAGGUUACAUGCGAUGGUUGUAGGCAAAAGUUGUGUCGUCUAAUUCGGCCUUAAAGAUCAGGAGCAUUGUUUAGUUUUAUGAUGAAUAAACUCGCAAUGCAUCUCUGGGAAAGUUUUACAGCAUAUCUUGUAAACUAUAUCAAAACCUAACAUAUAAUGUAUUUGCAUGGAAAUUGAAAAUCAGUAAAAUAAUAACUUUGUUAUGAACAA